AUGUCCCGGAUUCUCAUUUUGAUACUUUCCAUUGGGGGCACAUUUGCUGACUACACAAAACUGAAGCUUGGGGGAGAAUGCGAUACACUCCGAAAUGAGCUUGAAGGAUCUGACAAUGCGACUGUGAAACUGUCUAAACUGAACACGUUCCUGGACAGUCUCGGAUCAGACACCCGCCAGAAGUUCUGGGCUAUCAUUGCUGCAGCGAAGACCGAUGCUCAGACCAAUCUGCCUUCUGAUUCCGCCAAGACGCUGGCGGCUGGAGUAAUCAGCGACUUCGAGGAGGGAAACCUCUUCCUCCCAGCCAAACAAGUCUCUUCUGAUGUGAGUUAUUUGCUGCGAAUCACUCCUAAUGUCCCUAUUUCAGCUCAAGUCCAAAUUUGAGUCCCUUUCUGAUGCUGACAAGGCUGCUGUGAAGAAUUUAGCAAAGGUCUACGGAAAACAGAUCAAGGUCCUCGUGAUGCCGCUUCUUCCCGAGAACUGCAAAGUAACCUCUGAAGCAGCCUCCGUAGCAGCCAAUGCCACACAGUCCGGAGGAUUUGAUACUGUGCGUUUCAGGAAUCAUUUCUAGUAUGUAAAACCUUAUUACAGGCUGAAUACAUGCCGCGUCGGAAGCGAGAACUCCUCUUCAUCGAGAAUCUGACUGCCGCUUUCCGCGAGUACAGACGUCGCCGCAACGUCUGA